AUGAAUCCCUCUUUAAAAUUCAAAACCUAAUAAUUGACUUAGUCAUUUCUUCAAAAAGACUCUCCAAAAAUGAAAAAGACCUAAAGCAAUCACUUACUACCAAGUAAAUCCUAAAGUAAAAUACUCAAAACAACAAAUUCCAGAAAUGAUUAAAUCAGAUUAAACAACUCUAUCAAUUAACUAUAAGAAAAUACAAACCCCUUUCAUUCCUCAUUUUGUAAUCCUUCUAAGACAGAAGAAAGUUAAAGCAAGAAUGAAAUAUACAUAAAACAGCAACUCAUUAUUGAAUUGAAUAAAAAGAAUUCUGAAUUAGAAAUACAUAAUUCAGUUUUAAAACAAUCGAAUAAAUAAAUGUAGAGUGAUAUUUAAUUACUUAAUGAAACAAUAGAAUAAAUUUGUAAUCAGCUUUAAAAGUAGAAAGAGCAAUCCGAAAAUUUAACAUCACAAAUAAAUGAUCUGCAAUACACUGUAUCUAUUUAAAAAUAAGAAAUUUCAUAAUAAAAGAAUGAAAACUUUAAAUUAAUUAAUUUUCUCAAAUUAAGUAAGCAAAAAAAUGGAAUGGAAAAUAAUUGUGAAUUGAAUCAGCCUAACUAUUAAUAGUAAAUUAAUUUGUUGAAAGAACAAAUUUCAAUAUAAAAAUAGUCAUUCCAGUAAACAGAAUCAACUCUUUAAAAACAAAUUAAAACAUUAACUACCUUUUUUAAUAAAUUCUUUUUUUCAAUUAAUAAUCUCACUAUUUAAAAUUCUAAUAAAAUGUUCUCUCAAAAUGAAAUUGAUUUGUUCUCAUUAGUAUUUGAAAAUCUCAAUGAUGAAUUGUAAAAAUAUGAUACAAAUUUGUUUUAAUGCUAAAACAACACGCAGAAUUUAACUGGAAAAUAUGUAAAUUCUGCGGUUGAAAAUACAAACCUAUCAAAUACUAAAGAUAUUUCAAAACUUAAGUAAAUCAUUUAAAUACAAAACAAAUAAAUUGAACACCAAUAACAAACGAUCUUGAAUUAAUAAUUUGAAAUAUAGACCCUGUAAAGAUUGAUGCAUCAGAGUGAAUAUGAAAGUAUUGCAGAAUUUACAAGAAACUGUGUAAAUAAUAACGAUUAAUUUGCUUAGGAAUUUGCAAAUUCUACUAAUGAAGAAUUGUGUUAUCAUCUUAACGAUAGUUAAAGUGAUAUUAAGCCAAAAUGUUUUUUAAAUAGUUUUUAAAAUACUCUCUAAUAAUUUUAAGUCAUUACAGAAGAAAGCACUUUUAGAAAUUGA